AUGAGUGACGGUAUGGACCUCGCCACUGCCGCCGAGAUCGCAGAUAUUCAGGACGACAUUGCUCUUAAAAUGGGCAUUCUCGAAUCUCUCGAUAACGAAGGAGGCGUCGACACUGAUACUGAAGAGAGCAAAAAUGUGACGCGAUCCGACCUCAAGAAACUGCGCAAGCGUCUUCGGACCUUGCAGGCAGCCUCCACAGACAACGGUAAUGCCGAGUCAUCGUCCAGAGACAACCUCCACGAUAUUUCAACGGCCGAAGAGCUGCCCGGCAGUCGUCAGUCACAAGUCACUCACUCCAAUUCAAUGAAUGGAUCAAGCUCCCAUAUGCCCCUUCCGAAGCCUGAAUUUGUGAAUCGCAAACGACAACGAGGCGACGAUGACUUCAGUGACGAUCUACCUAACCUUUCCUCCAAGUCUCGUCGCACUACGCCUAGUUCUGCGGCAACUGCGGCUCCAUCACCGACGGGUUCAACAGAUAGCUUUGACAGUCUCGACCAGGAUGACCAACUAUUGGACUUACUCUUUGGAAGCUACUCAAGAGAGAUGCAGCGAGAUCGGGAAUAUUGGAAGAAACUUGAAGAGCGAAAGAAACAAGAGGAAAGCGAUGCGGCAUUGGCCAGAAGCCUAUCUCAGGAUUUGGGUCAAAAUGAUGGUCUCGCAUUCACACCAACGUCUGCGCCUGCUUGUCCCUCGGAUUAUACACAAGCCUUCUUCCGAACAGAUGGCACUAUCAACCGGCGUUCCGCCAGUCAAUCCACAGAAAUUGGCCGAACACCAUCCGCAACAAACCAGAGAGAGCUCUCCCCCGGUGGUCAAUUCACGACACAAAUUUCGCCAGAACCAAGCAGCAGUCGUCUACCAAUGGCACAGAUGAAGCUCGAGACAACGAACAGCCGGACAACGACGGCAAACAUUACGCCCGAGCCAACCAUGAGCCGUCAAUCGAUGCCACACAUCAAGCCGGAGCGAUGUAGACCUCUGGUGUCUUCCCUUAAUUCGGGUGCAUCCAACAGCAUGACUCCUAUCAAAGGUUCAAAUAUCUGUGGAAACCCGACCACUUCCACCGGCAUCAAGACCGAGCCUGUAGACUAUGCAUCCCCAGCAACCAUGCCUGGCGCCUUUCCCGGAACGCCGUCCUAUUCGAGCAUGGGCGGGAACUCUGUGUACGACCCUGUGCUUCCAUCUACGGCUCAGCCGCUCUCGGCCGCUCUCACUCAACCACGUUACCCGAUUCAGACAUCCAUGCCUCCAGUUUCCGAUCCCCUGAGUUCACCUUGGGGCGGCUCGCCGUAUUCUGAUCCUCGACUGUAUUCACACUAUGCCGAUUCAAGUCAAACCAAAGAAGAACUUCAGGAUCUUUUGAAGCACAUUCGGCCUGACGAAGAGCUGACUGCAGAUCAGGUACCUCAACAAACACAACGCUUGAAGGUGACUCUCAUGCCGCACCAACUCAGUGGGUUGGCCUGGAUGAAGAAGAUGGAAGAAGGAACGAACAAGGGCGGAAUUCUGGCUGAUGAAAUGGGCUUGGGAAAGACAAUUCAAAGUAUUGCCCUGAUGCUUGAGCGCCCACCUCCUGAAGACAAGCACAGACCAACCCUGGUGGUGGCCCCCGUGGCGCUGAUGCACCAGUGGAGACGAGAGCUGGAGAAGAUGGUUCGGUCCAGGUAUCGCUUCAACGUGUUCACCCUACAUGGAGACACAAGAAAAGCCACCUGGGCUUCGUUGAAGGCCUACGAUGUCGUUCUCACGACAUAUGGUCGACUUGCUUCAGAGCUCAAGAAAAAGUUGGCAUGGGAGGACCGGUGGAAGUUGGUGCCCGACGCUCGCCCCUCCACCGCCGAAGACUGUCCUAUCCUUGGUGAACGAUCCCAUUUCCAUCGAGUGAUUCUCGACGAGGCGCAAAAUAUCAAAAACAGAAACGCCAAGACUUCCCUGGCGGCUUCUCGCAUCGAAGCUGACUACCGAUGGGCUCUGUCUGGGACCCCCAUGCAGAACAAUGUCGAAGAGAUGUUCAGCUUGAUCAAAUUUUGUCGCAUCCGUCCUUACAAUGAUUGGCAACGAUUUUCAAGAGACAUUUCUUCGGGAAUUAAAUAUGGUAGAGACAGAAGGGAGAAAUCCAUGGUGACACUUCAGGCGCUCCUUCGUGCAAUCUUACUCCGCCGUACCAAACAUUCCAAGAUUCAUGGCCAGCCAAUCCUCCAACUUCCUCCGAAGACGAUCAAAGAGGAAAGAGUGGUAUUCCUUGAUCAGGAUGAGCUCACAUUCUACAAGAGCCUCGAGUCACAAGCCCAAAUCCAAUUCAAUAAAUUCAUCCAGAGAGGUGGCAUCGGACGGAAUUAUUCCCACGCCCUCGUUCUGCUCCUUCGACUGCGGCAAGCCUGCUGCCACCCACAUCUUGUUACCUCGAGCAAGGACUUCAUCCAGGUUAAUGGCCUGGACACCGAUAAAUGCUUGUUAAACGCGGCACAGCUUGACCAGCAAGCUGUCAAACGAUUGAAACAACAGGACGUAUUCGAAUGCCCCAUCUGUAUGGAUGUGGACGAAAAUCCCUCUCUCUUUCCCUGUGGUCAUACACUUUGCAGCGACUGUCUUAGUCGACUAGUCGAUCAAGCGGCAAAUGAUGCCAAUGGGUUUCCGUCGUGCCCUAAUUGCCGAGCCAAGAUCGACGCGGACAAGGUCACAGAUAUUGAAAGUUUUCUUCGUGUCCAUUGCCCCGAGCGCGAAGGUGUCACGCCAGUGGGAAAAAAUGAGGACGAAUCCGACUCGGAUUCUGACUCCGAUGAUGAGUCUGACAGUUUGGAUGAGGGAGAGGAUCUACAGGGCUUCAUUGUACCCGAUGAUUGGGAGGAGCAAUCAGAGCCAGAGUCGAAGAAGAAACGCGUCUCGAAAUCCAAAGCACGAAAGAAGAAAUCCAAAUCACAAGAUAUGCCCAAACUCAAGUCAUUGGCACAACUUCGAAAGGAGGGAUUGAAGAACAAGUCGGCGAAACGUACAUAUCUCAGGCGAUUGCGAAAGGCUUUCCAAACAUCAGCCAAGAUCAACAAAACUCUCAAUUUGCUCGAAGGCAUCCGAAAUCGUGGGCAGAAUGAGAAGAGCAUCAUCUUUUCCAACUUUACAACGUUCCUGGAUUUGCUUGAAGUCCCUCUCUCUGAACACAAAGACUUCAGCAAGUACGUCCGAUAUGACGGAUCAAUGUCACCUGCUGAUAGAAACGAUGCCGUCCUCGAAUUCACCGAGAACCCCAAUUGCACUGUCAUCCUUGUCAGUCUGAAAGCUGGUAAUGCGGGCCUCAAUUUGACUGCGGCAAACCAUGUCAUUAUGCUCGAUCCCUUCUGGAAUCCAUUUGUCGAGUAUCAAGCGGCCGAUCGUUGCCACAGAAUUGGUCAACGUCGAGAGGUGACUGUUCACCGAGUUUUGAUCGGUGAAGCAAAUUCUGAUGAUCCAGGAACUGCUUCUGAUACCAAUAGCCCUGAUCCCGACUCUAGAGGGUUCACGGUCGAAGAUCGUAUCCUGGCUCUUCAAGAGUCAAAGCGAAAGCUCGUUGAGCAAGCUCUCGAUGAGUCAGCUGGUCGAGACGUCGCCCGACUUGGUGUCCGCGAGUUGGGUUACUUGUUCGGUCUCAAUUCCUUAUAA